GAGGCGCGGCAGGGGGCGCUGCGCGGGCUCAGGCUGCGGGCGGCGGCGGGAGGAGGAGGCCGAGGAGGCGGGGGCGGCGGCAGGCGGGGGGCGGGGAGCCGAGCGCUAGAGGGAGCGAGCGGCGAGACAGGCGCUGAGGCUCCAGCGCGCAGCUACGAGCGAGCCCGGGAGGAGGGAGGGAGCGAGCGAUCAGCCCGCGCCGCCGCCUCGCAAUCCGCCGCCAUCCCGCCGCCCCCGCGCUCGACCGCCGCCCGACCGCCAUCGCCCGGCCCGGCCGCGCCCGCGGAACCAGACCAGGCAGAUCGGGAGCGGUGCCAAGAAAAAUUUCUUUACUAGAUGACAUUUCAUCGCAAUGUCCGAUCGUUUGGGGCAAAUUACCAAGGGCAAGGAUGGGAAAAGCAAGUAUUCGACUCUCAGCCUGUUUGACAAAUAUAAAGGAAAAUCAGUAGACGCAAUUAGAUCCUCAGUUAUUCCUAGACAUGGCUUACAGAGUCUUGGGAAAGUUGCCGCAGCCCGGCGUAUGCCACCGCCUGCAAACCUGCCAAGCUUGAAGUCUGAAAACAAAGGAAACGACCCCAACAUCGUGAUAGUACCCAAGGACGGGACAGGAUGGGCAAACAAGCAGGAUCAGCAAGACCCAAAGAGUUCCAGUGCAACGGCCUCUCAGCCGCCGGAGUCGCUGCCGCAGCCGGGUUUGCAGAAAUCUGUCUCCAAUUUGCAGAAACCGACACAGUCAAUCAGUCAGGAGAAUACAAAUUCAGUGCCAGGUGGACCAAAGUCAUGGGCACAGCUGAAUGGAAAGCCAGUAGGACACGAAGGUGGUUUAAGGGGCUCAAGCCGACUGUUAUCCUUCUCUCCCGAGGAAUUUCCGACGCUGAAAGCAGCUGGCGGGCAGGACAAGGCUGGCAAAGAAAAGGGCGUCUUAGAUCUGUCGUAUGGGCCAGGACCAAGCCUCCGCCCUCAGAAUGUGACAAGCUGGAGGGAGGGCGGUGGGCGACACAUAAUUUCUGCCACGUCUCUCAGCACCUCCCCAACUGAGCUGGGCAGCAGGAACUCAAGUACGGGAGAUGGAGCCCCCUCCUCGGCAUGUACCAGCGAUUCUAAGGACCCCUCUCUCCGCCCGGCUCAGCCUGUCCGAAAAGGGGCUUCACAGUUCAUGGGAAAUGUAUACCACCCACCUACAUACCAUGACAUGCUUCCUGCUUUUAUGUGUUCGCCAAAGUCAUCAGAGAACCAGGGUACAGUGGAACGAGGCUCUUUUCCCCUUCCUCAGCUCCGCCUUGAACCCCGAGUUCCUUUUAGACAGUUCCAGAUAAAUGACCAAGAUGGAAAAGAAAACAGGCUGGGAAUGUCUCGCCCACUCCACCCACUAAGGCAGCUGGUGGAGCGGGUGCCACGGCCCACCAUUAUCAACGCAGAAAACCUGAAGGGCCUUGACGAUCUGGACACUGAUGCCGAUGAUGGCUGGGCAGGCCUCCAUGAAGAAGUGGACUAUUCUGAGAAACUCAAGUUCAGCGAUGAUGAAGAGGAGGAAGAAGUUGUGAAGGACGGCAGGCCAAAGUGGAACAGCUGGGACCCUAGGAGGCAGCGGCAGUUGUCAAUGAGCUCUGCGGACAGUGUGGACGCCAAGCGGACUCAAGAGGAAGGGAAGGACUGGGCUGAAGCAGUGGGUGCAUCCCGUGUUGUCCGAAAGCCACCAGACCCUCAGCCACCAUCCAGGAAGCUUCAUGGCUGGGCAGCAGGCCCUGACUACCAGAAGUCCUCGAUGAGCAGCAUGUUCCGGCAACAGUCCAUCGAGGACAAGGAGGACAAGCCCCCACCGAGGCAGAAGUUCAUUCAGUCAGAGAUGUCUGAGGCGGUGGAGCGAGCCCGAAAGCGCCGGGAAGAAGAGGAGCGCCGAGCCCGGGAAGAGAGGCUGGCUGCCUGUGCCGCCAAACUCAAGCAGCUGGACCAGAAGUGCAAGCAGGCACGGAAGGCAGGUGAGGCCCGGAAGCAGGCAGAGAAGGAAGUACCCCGAUCUCCAAGUGCUGAGAAGGCAUCGCCCCAGGAAAACGGCCCUGCUCUCUGCAAAGGCUCCCCAGAAUUUCCUGCUCAGGAGACCCCCACCACGUUCCCAGAAGAGGCACCCAUAGCGUCUGCAGCAGUGGCACAGAGCAGCAGCAGUGAGGAAGAGGCCAGAGAGGCAGGGUCCCCUGCACAGGAGUUCAGCAAGUAUCAGAAGUCCCUUCCUCCCCGAUUCCAGCGCCAGCAGCAGCAGCAGCAGCAGCAGCAGCAGGAGCAGCUGUACAAGAUGCAGCAUUGGCAGCCGGUGUACCCCCCACCCUCCCACCCGCAGCGUACCUUUUACCCACACCACCCCCAGAUGCUGGGCUUCGAUCCCAGGUGGAUGAUGAUGCCUUCCUACAUGGACCCGCGCAUCACACCCACUCGGACCCCAGUGGACUUCUACCCCUCCGCCCUGCAUCCCUCAGGACUGAUGAAGCCCAUGAUGCCCCAAGAGUCCCUCAAUGGGACAGGCUGUCGCUCUGAGGAUCAGAACUGUGUGCCCUCACUCCAAGAAAGAAAAGUGACCCCCAUCGAUCCAGCCCCUGUGUGGAGCCCAGAGGGCUACAUGGCACUGCAGAGCAAGGGCUACCCGCUCCCACAUCCAAAAUCGAGCGACACCUUGGCUAUGGACAUGCGUGUCAGGAAUGAAAGCUCUUUCUCUGCCUCACUCGGAAGGUCAGGGGGCGUAAGUGCCCAGCACGAUCUCUUUGAGGAGAGAGGGGAGGAGUACUUGAGUGCUUUUGACAAGAAGGCCCAAGCAGACUUUGACAGCUGUAUCUCUUCUCAAAGAAUAGGCCAGGAGCUUUUGUUUCCACCCCAAGAAAAUAUUCAGGAUGCGGGUACUCCUGGGGGUCACACCCAAAACCUCAGGUGUUCCCCAUUGGGGCCUGACUUAGUCCCAGAUGAGAAAAAGCCAGAGUGUGGCAGUUGGGACGUUAGCCACCAGGCAAAGACCGCUGACACAGCCCAUGGUGUCGAGCGGGAGGCACCCCGGGAGGGGACAGCCUUUAACAUCUCCUCCUGGGACAAGAAGGGGAGCCCCAAGAAACAGCUGUCCUCAGAGCCUGAAUGGACUCCUGAGCCCCGGAGCUCCAGCAGCCAGCACCCGGAGCAGAUGGGCAGGACCCGGAGGUCGGGACCCAUCAAGAAACCAGUUCUAAAAGCCCUCAAGGUGGAAGACAAGGAGAAGGAGCUCGAGAAGAUGAAGCAGGAGCUAGGGGAGGAGAGCGCCCGGCUGGCCAAGGAGAAGGAGCAGAGCCCUACAGCAGAAAAGGAUGAGGAUGAAGAGAACAACGCCUCUCUGGCCAACUCCUCUGCUGCCACUUUGGAGGACAAGGGCCCUGCCCACACCACUUUUGGCCACGAGGCCACCAAAUUUGAAGAGGAGGAGAAAUCUGACAAGGCCUGGGAAGCCAGACCCCAACGAGAGUCCAGCGAUGUUCCCCCCACAAAGAGAAAUAACUGGAUCUUUAUUGAUGAGGAACAAGCCUUUGGGGUCAGAGGGCAGGCCCGGGGCCGGGGCCGUGGUUUCAGAGAGUUCACUUUUCGUGGUCGGCCUGCUGGUGGCAACGGGAGCAACCUCUGCGGCGGGGGGGUCCUGGGGGCCCGCAGCAUCUACUGCAGCAGCCAGCGCAGUGGCCGUGGCCGGGGCCUGCGAGAGUUUGCUCGGCCAGAGGACUGCCCCAGAGCCAAGCCCAGGCGGAGAGUUGCCAGUGAAACCCACAGCGAGGGCUCAGAGUAUGAAGAACUUCCCAAGCGGCGCCGGCAGAGGGGCUCCGAGAACGGGAACGAAGGCUCACUUCUGGAGAGGGAGGAGAGCGCCUUAAAGAAAGGCGACUGCAGAGAUUCUUGGCGGUCCAACAAGGUGUGCUCCGAGGACCAUAACGGUCUAGAUGCCAAGAGCCGAGGCCCUCGGGCCUUUGGGCGUGCCCUCCCUCCGCGGCUGAGCAAUUGCGGGUAUGGACGGAGAACCUUCACUUCCAAAGAGUCACCCCACUGGCAGAGCAAAAGUCCUGGCAGCUCUUGGCAGGAAUAUGGCCCUUCUGACACAUGUGGAUCCCGGCGAUCUGCAGACAGAGACUAUGUCCCAGAUUCCUACAGACACCCUGACGCGUUUGGUGGCAGGGGCUUCGAGGAUAACCGCUCAGAGGAGAAGAGGUCCUUUUUCCAAGAUGACCACGUGGUGGAUUCUGAAAAUGCAGAGAACCGGCCCUUCAGGAGGCGGCGCCCCCCACGCCAAGAUAAGCCCCCUCGCUUCCGGCGCCUCCGGCAAGAACGGGAGUCCCUGGGCCUGUGGGGACCCGAGGAGGAACCCCACCUGCUAGCAGGUCAGUGGCCAGGCAGGCCCAAACUGUGUUCUGGGGACAAGAGUGGCACUAUGGGCCGCCGGUCCCCAGAACUCUCGUACCAGAACUCCUCCGAUCACGCCAACGAGGAGUGGGAGACGGCCUCUGAGAGCAGCGACUUCAGUGAACGGCGGGAGAGGCGGGAAGGCCCCGGGUCCGAGCCUGACUCCCAGGUGGACAGUAGCCUGUCGGGGGCCAGUUUGGGUGAGAAGAAGGAGCUGGCCAAGAGGAGCUUCUCCAGUCAGAGACCUUUGGUUGACAGACAGAGCCGAAAGCUGGAGCCGGGAGGGUUUGGGGAGAAGCCCGUUAGGCCAGGUGGUGGUGACACCUCCCCCUGCUAUGAGAGCCAAGAGAAUGGGACGCCUUUGAAAGCCAAAAGAUCCCCAGAUGAGGCCUUACCUGGAGGUCUUAGUGGCUGCAGCAGUGGGAGCAGCCACUCCCCCUAUGCCCUGGAGCGGGCAGCCCAUGCCAGUGCUGACCUUCCCGAAGCCUCCAGCAAGAAGGCAGAGAAAGAGGCCAAGUUGGUUGCUCAGAGGCCAGGCGAACAGGGAGAGGCCAUGAAACAGUUUGACCUGAACUAUGGAAGUGCCGUCAUCGAAAAUUGCGGGUCCAGCCCCGGAGAGGAGAGUGAGGUGGGUUCUCUGGUAGGCGAAGGCUUCAUCGAAGUCCUGACCAAGAAGCAGCGCCGCCUGCUGGAGGAAGAGAGAAGAAAGAAGGAGCAGGCCGUGCAGGUGCCUGUCAAAGGUCGAGGCCUUUCCUCCCGUAUUCCUCCUCGGUUUGCAAAAAAGCAGAACAACUUAUGUCUGGAGCAAGGCGACAUGACCGUGCCUGGCAGCAGCCUGGGCACUGAGAUCUGGGAGAGCAGCAGCCAGGCUCUCCCCAUGCAGGCCCCAGCCAGUGACUCCUGGAGGAAAGCUGUCACUGCCUUCAGCAGCACUGAGCCUGGCUCUGCAGAGCAGGGUUUUAAGAGCAGCCAGGGAGAUAGUGGCGUUGACUUGAGCGCGGAGUCUCGGGAGUCGUCCGCGACCUCCUCGCAGCGCAGCUCCCCCUAUGGGACUCUGAAGCCAGAGGAGAUGAGCGGGCCUGGCCUGGCAGAACCCAAGGCUGACAGCCACAAGGAGCAGGCUCCAAAGCCAUCUGAGCAGAAGGAUUCAGAACAAGGCUCUGGACAGAGCAAGGAGCACAGACCAGGACCCAUCGGCAACGAGCGUUCUCUGAAAAACAGAAAGGGCUCGGAGGGAGCCGAACGGCUGCAAGGGGCUGUUGUUCCGCCUGUGAAUGGGGUAGAGAUUCACGUGGACUCUGUGCUGCCUGUGCCACCCAUAGAAUUUGGAGUCAAUCCAAAAGACUCUGAUUUCAGCUUGGCACCUGGUUCUGCCUCUGGUCCUGCCGGGAGUCCAGUUGUCAAACUUCAGGAUGCCUUGGCCAGUAAUUUUGCUGAGGGGCACAGCCUUCCCUGUGUGGCCCAAGACAUCUCCAGGCCAGGUGGCAGGUGUCUUCUGAACCAGGCAGGGUUAACACAGAGUAUCCCUAUCCUGCGGCGGGAUCAUCACAUCCAGAGGGCCAUCGGUCUCUCCCCAAUGUCCUUCCCCACCGCCGACCUCACUCUGAAGAUGGAGUCUGCGCGCAAGGCUUGGGAAAACUCCCCCAGUUUGCCGGAGCAGAGCUCUCCAGGCGGCGCUGGCUCAGGCAUCCAGCCUCCAUCCUCUGUGGGUGCCUCCAGCGGGGUCAACUACAGCUCCUUCGGUGGAGUGUCCAUGCCACCCAUGCCUGUGGCCUCUGUAGCACCUUCUGCUUCUAUGCCAGGCAGCCACCUCCCACCCCUGUACCUGGAUGGCCAUGUGUUUGCAAGCCAGCCCCGGCUGGUUCCUCAAACGAUACCUCAGCAGCAGAGUUACCAACAGGCCGCCGCUGCCCAGCAGAUCCCGAUCUCCCUUCACACAUCUCUGCAGGCACAAGCUCAGCUUGGACUGAGGGGUGGGCUUCCUGUGUCCCAGUCCCAGGAGAUCUUCAGCUCCUUACAGCCCUUCAGAUCUCAGGUGUACAUGCACCCCAGCCUGUCACCGCCCAGCACCAUGAUCCUUUCUGGGGGCACAGCCUUGAAGCCUCCGUACUCGGCGUUCCCAGGCAUUCAGCCCUUGGAGAUGGUGAAGCCGCAAUCUGGCUCCCCCUACCAGCCCAUGAGCGGGAACCAAGCCCUGGUCUACGAGGGCCAGCUCAGCCAGGCUGCCGGCCUGGGUGCCUCCCAGAUGUUGGACUCCCAGCUCCCACAGCAGCUGACCAUGCCACUGCCUCGGUACGGCUCCGGGCAGCAGCCGCUGAUCCUGCCCCAGUCCAUUCAGCUGCCGCCUGGGCAGAGCCUCUCUGUUGGGGCCCCCCGAAGGAUUCCUCCACCCGGGUCCCAGCCACCAGUCCUGAACACCAGCAGAGAGCCCUCUCAGAUGGAGAUGAAAGGUUUCCACUUUGCCGACAGUAAACAGAAUGUCCCUUCAGGAGGCCCCAUGUCAUCGCCACAGACCUACAGGCCUAGCUCUGCUAGCCCCAGUGGGAAGCCCUCUGGAUCAGCAGUUAACAUGGGCUCUGUGCAGGGACACUACGUGCAACAGGCAAAACAACGAGUGGAUGAGAAACCCAGCCUGGGAGCCGUGAAGCUGCAGGAGGCCCCCUCAGCUGCCUCCCAGAUGAAGCGAACCGGAGCGAUCAAGCCUCGGGCUGUCAAAGUGGAGGAGAGUAAGGCCUGACGGUGCCUGGCUGCCACCUCGCCUCGCCCCACUGGGGACGGUGCCGCCACGCGACCUUGACACAGCUGACGCUCGGGAGCCUCACCAGAUCCACCGUCCAAACGCCUGGUCUGGACUGAGAGACCUCCCUCCUCUCUCCACUCCCGAAAGCUCUGUCAUCAACCAGCUUGCACCUGUGGAUAUAUGGCAUUGACCCGCUUGCUUUGAUUAUGAAACAAAAAAGCAAAUGACUCCUUCAUCCCAUCUCCUUCCACCGUGACCGUGGAGUGACUCGCCUCCCGUGCAGUGCAGAUCCGCCCUCCCUGCUCCUCCCUGUCCUGCCGCGCAGCCAGGGCACCUUCUCAGCAGUGCUUCCGGCCCACCAGCCCAUCCCUAGGCACUGUGGUUUGGCAGCAGGGUCAUUUUACUUUGAGGCUUUUUGUUUUAAAAAGUAGCCAAGGUUUUUACAAAGGGGAAAGGAAAAGAAAAAGAAAACGCAAGCUCCGUCUGUAUAGCUGAACUUUUCUACCUACGUUCCUCGCCAGCCCCUCCCCUCCCUUCCGUCUCCAGUGGUUUCCUUUCACCUUUGUCCUGUUUAAUUUGAUACGUCACUUCGAUACCUUAAGAGAUGACUCUUAAGAAUGCAUCCCCUCCUGAUCCCCCCAGCUGGUUCACCUUUGAAGUUAUUUGCAAAAAGAAAUGAAGGUUCUUGAGGGCACCCAUUGCGAGCACUCUAGUGCCUGGCUCCCUGCCUGGGAAGCGAUGGUGUGCGCAGAGCAGUAGGCAGGUUGGGGGUUGCAUUCGGGUUCCAGCUCCUGGUCUGAUGAGCCCAGGGCAUUUACAGGCAGCCCAUGAAGUUGAUGACAGUUUUGGCAAGAGAAUCACACAGUAUCCCUGUCCUGUGCUCUUCUAAAGCCAGUGGAUGUGCUGGGCACCAGGGACAAAUCAUGGAAAUGGCUGGUGGUGGCUCCCAGGUUGACCCAGAUGGGGCAAGCUGAUGCACCACGGGUCCAUCCCAGGCCCCAUGGGCUCUGCUUCUGAACCUCCACACCCUGCCCCUCAGGGGCGCUGUGUUUUUCACUCACUUCUUUCCUUGAAGCCUUCUGUAACCUGUCAUUUUCGUUCCUUUUCCGGAGCCUGCUGCUUCCUCUGGACCCGUCUCCACCUCCCACACAGCUCAUCAUGAACACCACUUGGUGAUGGAGGGAGCGGACAUGCAUGUCGUCCCCAAGUGAGGCCACUGGGAGUGGUUCUCCUCCUCUGUUUCACUCCCAGCAGCAGACCCAGGUUGUCGGGACAGGAGGGGCUGAGCUAAGCAGCAGGCCUCAGUCUCAAGUCUUCAGACAGCUGGGUGGGGCCAGGGUAAGGCUAGGUGCAGGGCUGACCACAGUCCAAAGGGCCUGCACAGCCUCCCAAAGGGCAGCACCUCCAGGCUAUAGGGCUGCCUCCAUCCAGAGGCUUGUGUGAGCCGUGGUGUUCUGGGCUUGUUUUUAUGUAACAAGGAAAUCACUCCAGAUUCUGUCAUUCCAAGGAAAGGGAGGGGGGGGACAGUUCAAGUUUCUCAGCUGUUCUUAGGGAUCACUGAGCAUCUACCUUCGCCUCGCCCAGAGGCUGCCCCCAGUGUCUCACGGGCACAGGACAGCCAUUUGGGCUUGGGCUCUAAGCUGUGUCUAGUGUGGAACAUGGGAAGGAGCAUCUUAGGAACUGUUGAAGUUACUUCUUACUGCUCUCACAAGUCUAAGGAAGUGGGAAAAUGGCCUCCUACGAACAGCACCAACCCCGGAGCUGCCUGGGAAGGGGCAGUUUCACUGAAAGACGCUUUACUGUUCGCCUGUAUCUUUCAGCAGCUCCCCUCCUGCCCUCACACUGCCUUUCCCUCUUCAUCCUGAGUCUUUACUCGAGUCCCUUCCCAAGGGGCAACCCACCUGGCAGUUCUGGGCAUUUCCUACCUGAGCUUCUUGUCUGCUUUUCCUUCUCCCGCUGCAAGUGGCUGCUUGUGGGCCUGGGGUGAGCCCUCUGUCCCCACGAGUCCCCCUUGCCAAGCCAUUCCUGGGUGAGUCCAGGCCUGCAGGAGCCACACUUUCAUCUCCACCUGGACACUUGAGCCGCAUGGCCAGACCCCUUCCACCUGACGCGGUGGUGCGUGUGAUUUGUCGAAAGAAAAAGCCUCCUGGAUGCUGUUAAAAAUUCAAGAUGUAUCCUUCAGGUGAACCUGGCAUCAGACCCACAGUAAUUGCUGUUUGAGAAAAAAUAAAAACAAAAAGGUCACCUGUUCUCCAGCCCUUUUCUCUUACCCGGUAUUUCCUUCCUUUCCCCUCCCUUACCCCAAUAAAAAAAAAAACAAAAAAAAACCCUAGAAUUUAUUUAUAUGUAUUGAUGUUGUAGGUCUAGGUGAAAGAAGUAAAUGUUUCACUGCUCUAUUUAUAUAUCAUGUCUGAAUUCUGUGCAGGAAAGGCCAGGAAAUUGCAUGUGAAGUGCGGUGCAGUCACCACCUCUGUGUGACCUGAGCUGUAGUCUCUUUACUGAGAUGCAGAUUUUAAAUGAGACUGCCGGCCAAGGGUAGGCCUCAGGCCUCCCAAUGCCCCACCCCCUUCCUUGGUCUGAUUAAAUGCAGUUCUUAGUACAGACAGAGACGUUUUAAGGUGCAAUAUAUCUCUUCCUUUCACGUGGUUUUAGAGCCAAGCUCAAGGUAAUAGGACAUAGGGUCAUUUCGUUUUCAAACCCCCGUCCAUCCUCAGAGCGCAGAUAUAUGCAGAGGCUUCUGUCAAGAUUCUGUGGGGCCUUGGUGGGAACAGGUGGAGACCAGCACUUCCCUUUGUUGCUGCAGAGGUGGGGAGUAGAGGGUCAGAACUCCCUCACCUUUGCCUGCUAAAGUCACCCUCCUCCCUAUGCUGGCAGCUCUGCCUUGGCCAUCGGGGGUGUGGCCCAUUGCUCAGCAACCAGUAGCCUUGGGGUGAUACCUGUCCACCGUCCACUAGAGUGGGAUGAAGUCCAGAGUGUGGUGGUGUGUCUGAAAUGCUGCUCAUCCACCCACUGGGGACUUUUCUGCCAGCUGCAUCAUUUGGUUUGGUUUUCUUAACUAUUGGCUAUCCCCCCGCCUUUCUUUUUUUUUUAAACAUUCGUAUUGUUUUCAAACUUGGAAUUCAUAAACACUCUGGCUCUCGGUUCCUUAAGGGGAAAAACAAAGGAUAACUUUAUUAUUUCAAAUUCAAGAAAAUCGGUUCAGUUCCAAAGCUGUGGUCGUCCUUCCAGCCACUUCUAGGGACUCUGGGGUACCUUGUUAAACGUUGACAUCAGCUGUGCUGUUGCCCUCCUGUCUUCUGGAUCUGCUUUCAGGACAGUGACACCUUCUGGAAGCUGGGUGCACACAGGUGCAGGGCCAUGCUGUGGCCUGGCCUGCUGCGGCAGUGUGGCAGCUCUGGUGGAGCUCCUCCCUGCUGUUGGUUCUCCGCUGCCAAGUAGCUGCUGGCUGCCCCUCAGAUCUUUAUUUGUCCCUUUUCAUUUCCUGCAGAGCAGGCCUGUGUUAGAGGGUCUGUUGGAAAUGGCCUUUGAAGACCAAGGAUACCAGGGUAUGUGUGCUCUGUCGUGAAUGGGAAUGUAGGCUUCCAGAAAGCCAGCUCUCCUCUGAAAUGUGACGGACCUACACAGGAAGUCAUCCAGGACAGGAGUGGCUCACUGUUGGGGAUGGACAUUGGCCCAGCCAUGCUCCACCAGGGCCACCAGUGCCCGUUGGGCUGGUGAUCUUCAGGCACAUGAGAUCUGCUGUUCACCAGUUCACCCCAGUUGGUGGCCUCCAGGAUGGUAGUGGCACCCCCAAAGCCCCAUCUUCAGUGUGUCCUGAAGCCUCGGAGUGGAAAUUCCUGCUAAGGUUCUGUGUGGACGCCUUUCUCCUAUGGUCUAAAGGGGACGCUGUACUCAAGCUUUUGACCUCAGGCCUUGUGUAGUAAGAAAGGGUUUGGGGGUUUUCGUUUUGUUCUUGAGAGGGUUGCAUUUUGUUUUUGUUUCCUUUUGUUUAUGUUUUGGCCUUUCCUCUUUGUCUUUUCAUGUAGACCAGAUAUUUGAAAGGGCAGACGAUGGCUAGAGGUGUAAUGUGCAGCUUGUUUAUACAUUAUUUCGGGAAACUUAGCUUGGAUGGGAAAUGGAAUUGUGGAUUCACCAGGCCGGUGCUGGCACACUCACCCUCGCCCUUUCCCUCCGGUUCAGUACCUAUUGUUUCUCCUUUCAAAUAUGUGAUUGUACUAGCUCUUUCCAUAUGAAAGAAUUCUCCUUAUUUAAAUAAAAAAAAGUUAAAAAAAAAAUAAAGCUGAACAUGCUUUCUCA